CUCAUUACAUUCUUCAGUCAAACUGGCUUCCGUGUCUUAACAGAAGCUAUAAAGAAUCAAGGAUCGGUGGAGGAUGAAGAAAAAUGUUUUAAAUAAGGAAUUUUGAAACAUUUGUUUCUGAACAGAUAGCAGAUCUUUGUGAUACUAAUGCUGAUUCAUUUUUGAAACCAUCAUUCAAAAAAAGGGAAAGUAAAGUUCAGAGCACUGGAGCUCAAACAGUGAGAAUGGCUUCAUCAGCUGAAGAUGAUUAUAUUUGUCCUGUGUGCUGUGAAAUCUUCAAGACUCCUGUUAUUUUAUCAUGUAGUCACAGUUUCUGUAAAGAGUGUCUUCAACAGUUCUGGAGAACCAAGGAAACUCAGGAGUGUCCCAUCUGCAGGAGAAGAUCCUCAAGAGAAGAACCACCAUAUAAUCUUGCAUUAAAAAACUUAUGUGAGUCGUUCCUGAAGGAGAGAAAUGAGAGGUGUUCAUCAGGAUCUGAGGAGAUCUGCCGUUUACACAGCGAGAAACUCAAACUCUUCUGUCUGGAGGACAAACAGCCGGUGUGUUUAGUGUGCAUCAGAAAAAAACAACAUGAUAAUCAUAAAUUCAGACCCAUCAGUGAAGCGGUUUCAUCAUAUAAGGAGGAGCUUAAUACAGCACUGAAAUCAUUACAAGAGAAACUGAAACACAAUGAAGCAAUGAAAGGAGAGUUUGAGAAAACAGUUCAACACAUUAAGUCUCAAGCUGAGCACACAGAGCAUCAGAUUAAACAGCAGUUUGAGAAGCUUCAUCAGUUUCUCAGAGAUGAAGAAGAAGCUACAAUCACUGCACUGAGAGAGGAAGAGGAGCAGAAGAAGCAGAAGCUGGAGGAGAUGAACAGACACAUCUCAGAUCUUUCACACUCAAUCAAAAACAUGGAGGAGAUGAUGAAAGCCAGUGACGUCUGCUUUCUGAAGGAGUUUCCAGUCUCGAUGGAAAGAGUCCAGAUCUCAUCACAGCCGGAUCCACAGACUCCUUCUGGAGCUUUGAUUCAUGUGCCAUGUUACUUGGGCAACCUGCCCUUCAGAGUCUGGAAGAAGAUGCAGGACAUCGUCCAAAACACUCCUGUGAUUCUGGAUCCAAACACGGCUCAUCCACUUCCCGACCAUCCUAACAACCUGACAAACACAAAACACAGCGGGAACAAACAACCUCUUCCUGAUAAUCCAGAGAGAUUUAACUUCUAUCCCUGUGUUCUGGGUUCAGAGGGGUUUAACUCAGGAACACACUGCUGGGAUGUGGAGGUUAAACAGAGUUCACGCUGGUGUCUUGGAGUAACUACAGCAUCAAACCAGGGGAAGGGAUGUGAUUUCUUCAACACUGAUGUCUGGAGUGUGGAGUUUCAUCUGUCAGGACGGUAUAUAGGUUCUGGUUUCCGGGUUAAACGGAAGCUUGAUCAUGUGAGAGUGAAUCUGGACUAUGACAGAGGAACUGUGUCAUUCUCUGAUCCUGUAACUAACACACAUCUACACACAUUCAGAUCCUCCUUCACUCACACACUCUUCCCAUUCUUCUAUUGUUUUGACUCUCUGAGGAUCUUACCGUUCAAUAGUCAGUAAACAUACAUAUCUCAUUAGUAAGAGUGCUGUUUAUCUAAAAAAUCAGUGUGUUGGCCGUGACUGAUAUCCAGCAGAACAACAGUCACACUUUCAUAUUGAUUUAAUACAACCAGAGCCGGAUUAUGAUGUGGUGGUGCCCUGGGCAUGGAUGAAUUUAAAGACCACUAAAUUGAAAUUAGAGGGCUUCUUUGGGAUUGGGUUUCUCACAGGAGUGGGAGGUUUAACCUUUAAUGUGGGCGGAAGUGGAUGGUCAAAAAAAUAUAACACUGAUCCCCUGCCAUCCCACGAUUUAUCACAUAACAAGAAUGAUGGAGUUACAUAAACACUAGGCUUGCUGCUGUAGUCAUUGUUACUGUGUUUGGUCGUACACCGAUGACAUGAUGACAUGUUUCAGAUGCCAGCUAAUGGGACAUUCUGCCAAUCUCUGUAAAAGGAAAAUGCAGGGGAGAACAUGAGUAUGGCAAGUGUGAGGAGAGAGCACAGAUCAAAUGCUGUAAUUGUGGGGGAGGACAUAGUGCAACAUAUGCAGGAUGUCCUGUACAACAAGAAGCUCGAGAAGUACAAAAAAAAAAAAAAACAGUACUAAUUUUACUAUAUAAAAGCUACCUGUAAGGUAAAAGGUAUAGUUGAAACAAAGAGAACCAAUGUGCAAGGAAUCAGUGUGGAAUUCUGUACACCGACAGGCGGAAAUCCUUCAAGGAAUGAUUCAGUUCUUCAUUUUAUGAUAAAUAAAACUGACUUUGUAGCA